UGUUGGAUUUCAGUCCGUCUUGUUGUGUGAUUAUUUUACAUCGAAUUGAGCAUAAGCGAAGUGUUUUCAACAAUAUAUCAUCAGGAUGAGCGACUAUCCUGAAAACGCACCGCAACAUUGCCCUGGAACGGAGAGCGAGGAUGCUGGCAAGGCUUCAGCGUGUGCUGGUUGCCCCAAUCAGAAUAUUUGUGCCUCUGGUGCCGCAUCAGUCCGAGAUCCAGCUAUUGACAUCAUCAAGAACAGACUGUCAAACGUGAAACACAAGAUUCUCAUACUGUCAGGAAAGGGAGGAGUGGGCAAGAGUACUGUCACUUCUCUCUUAGGACAUGCCCUAGCUGGGUUAAAUCCUGACAUCAAUGUGGGCGUAUUGGACGCGGACAUCUGCGGGCCGAGCCAGCCGCGACUGCUGGGCGUGCGCGGCGAACAAGUGCACAAUUCUGGUUCGGGCUGGUCGCCAGUGUAUGUUACAGACAAUCUAUCACUAAUGUCGAUUGGAUUUCUUUUGGGGAGUCCAGACGACGCGGUCAUUUGGCGAGGACCUAAGAAAAAUGGCAUGAUCAAACAGUUCCUUAGCGAAGUGGACUGGGGAGACCUGGAUUACCUGCUUAUUGAUACACCGCCAGGGACAUCGGACGAGCACCUAUCAGCCGUACAAUAUCUAAGCGAGGCGGGUUUGUCCGGGGCGGUGGUGGUGACGUCACCGCAGGAGGUGGCCUUACUAGACGUGCGCAAGGAGCUGCAGUUUUGCCGUAAGGUCAACGUGCCUGUGCUCGGGGUGGUGGAAAACAUGGCGUUGUUCGUCUGCCCCAACUGCAGCUCCCGCAGCGAGAUCUUCCCAGCUACGACCGGUGGUGCGCCGCAAAUGUGCUCGGACCUCGCCGUGCCUUUCCUGGGUUCCCUGCCGCUGGAUCCGAUCCUGGCGCGCUGCUGCGACGACGGCCGCGACUUCAUACAGGAGCUGCCCAACUCGCCCGCCGUUACCGCUCUCAAGGACAUUGUGCAGAAAAUCGUGAAAAAUUGUGAGGGGACAACAAGUUGAAAAAAUGAAGAUGCAGCUGCCUUUAUAAUCAAUCAAUGUUACAAUGUUUAUGUAAAAAGAGCUAUGUUGUUUAUAUCACUUUGUCACAAAAUGGCUCAGCCGUGGGUGUUAUUCCAUCUUGUACUUAUCAUAAGUUACUUGUGAAUAGUUUUAUCCGUACUAUAUUGUAUGGUUUAUCAGUGAUCAUGAUUGUAUCAACAUGA